AUGAUGAACCGCCGAAAUGGGACAAAUGCGAGAGGGAAAGACACAAAAUCAGUAGCGCUGAAGGAGUCGGACCCUCCUCAACAAAACGAAUCUCUCAGACAGGGAGAUAUCGAUAAAAAAGGGGAAGCCUCCCCGGCAGGUAGACCAACCAAGCCAAUCAGAUCAGUGCAGCACGAUGGAGACACACCACCAAGGAGUUAUCCCCAUGGAGGGCACUCCCCCCUAAACGGGAAGAAAGAACACCACCUUACCAACAUGAAGGAACAUUUCAACUACCUUAACGGAGGUACGAAUAAGGACGCCGUGGAAGAACAUUUAAACAAAAGGGUACUACCCGAACGAGGGGAGGUCGCCGCGGUGGAGGGAGUUUCCGCCCCGUGGCACCGCACCCCGUCUUCAUCCCUAAACCUGGAUAAGACAAAAGAGGAUAACCCAAGUUGGAAAAACGCAGAAGAAAAAAAAAAAAAAAAAAAAAAUACAUCUCUAUUUGAAAAAUUCAAACAACAAGAAUUGAAUUCAAAACAACGUUCAUGGACCCCCAUCGGAUUAAUCAUAGCUUACACAAGUGUCUCUGUAACAUUUAUAAUGUUGGGUGUGCUACUCAUUGCCUUGUCUGCCACGAGGAAGGAGUGUAGAGUGCCCUACGGGGGGCAGGACGCAGACACACAAUCCAUACAAUUAGAGAUCAGCGAAGCCUUCUGCCAGGGACCCGCAAGGCCAUUCCACAAACACGCCUACGUCUACUACGAGCUGCACAAUUUUUACCAAAACCAUAAGAAGUACCUCAUUUCCAAAUCGCACAGCCAGUUGAUGGGCACCGUAUACACCCGGCCAGACGACCUCGCACAGUGCUUCCCCAUCGCACAGAACAAGGAAGGAAAGGUGCUGCACCCGUGCGGCCUCAUCGCACGGAGCGUCUUCAACGAUACCUUCACCUUAUACAGAGAUAAAACACACAACGAACAGAUCGAACUUGACGAAUCGAAAGAAGCAAUCACCUGGUACAGCGACCUCAAUAAAUUUAAAAAUCCAUCACAACAACAAAUGGACGAAAAUAAAGAACAAGUGGACUUUUGGCUCAUGAAACAGAACUAUAUUAGUCUCCUUAACAUGAGCGAAAAAAACGGGUUCGGUGUAGAGAACUCUCACUUCAUCGUCUGGAUGAAGACAGCUGCUCUGUCCGAAUUUCGCAAAAGGUACGCUAGACUCAAUCAGGAACUUGUCUUACCAGUCUACGUUAAAAUAGAAAAUAAUUUCCCCGUGAAGAAAUUCCAUGGGAAGAAAUAUCUUGUCAUAGCAGAGGGCUCCGUCUUCGUGAACGAGAAAUCCCGCUCCUUCGGCGUAUUAUACGUCGUCAUAGGGGUUGUGUCCCUCUGCAUUGCCCUGUGUCUUGUGUAUAACCAGUUGAAGCGGCCUCGUCUCAUGGGGCACAUUUAG